AGUCCGUGUUGCGCGUCUGCUCACUCAACUUUUUUUUUUGGUGUGUGUGUGUGUUCCUGAUUACAACUCCUCUGCAACUCUCACUUUUUCACUCCCGGCAGCGAGCGGAGGGAUGUUCUCUGGAGGAAGGAGGAGGAGGAGGUUACACCCGAGCUGAACAUUUUCACCUUGGGAAGUUCGGGAGUCGGGCUGAUAACUUUCUUGCUGGAGAGUUUGUGAAUGGAGGGAGACUUUUUUACGCACACGCUGAGGUGUUUUUAAAACGGGACAAACUUUUUUCUACUUUGCCUUCAAGGCUCUGGGAUUGUUUUAUGGAGACUCUCACUCAUCGAUUCUCUUGAUAGGAACUUUCUGGAACUUCUUUAUCGCAUCUUUUCUUGUUUUGUUUAUUUUGUUUAUUUAUUUUUUUAAAUUCUCAGACAGCUUUGACCUUUUUUCGGGAUCCUAACUUUCACACCCCGCAGCCACCCCGCGGAUUUUCAAUAACCAUCGCUUUGGACGUAAUUUGAGUGGAUACCAUGCGUCCGGAGAAGCGUGCUGCGCCGUGCCGGGUUUGGGCUCUGGCUCUGGCGCUGCUGCUGUGCGCUGCCUCGGUGUCUGGAUGCCCACACAAGUGCAGCUGCUCCGGGUCGCAUGUGGAUUGCCAGGGUCUGGGUUUGAAGACCGUGCCUAAGGGAAUACCGAGGAAUGCCGAGCGCCUGGAUCUGAACAAAAACAACAUCACCAGAGUCACUAAGGUGGACUUCUCUGGCCUCAAGAACCUCAGGAUUCUUCACCUGGAGGACAACCAGAUCACUGUAGUCGAGCGAGGAGCCUUCCAAGACCUCCGGCUGCUUGAGAGACUUCGCCUGAACAGAAACAAACUCCAGGUCCUCCCAGAGCUUCUCUUCCAAUCCAACCCCAAACUCGGACGACUAGACCUGAGCGAGAACCAGAUCCAGGCAGUUCCGAGGAAAGCUUUCAGAGGAAUCACCAACGUCAAGAACCUGCAACUGGACAGCAACCACAUCAGCUGCAUCGAAGAUGGAGCUUUCCGAGCGCUGCGCGAUCUGGAGAUUCUCACCCUCAACAACAACAACAUCACCCUCAUCCCCCUGUCCAGCUUCAACCACAUGCCCAAGCUGCGGACACUGCGUCUGCACUCCAACAACCUCCACUGUGACUGUCACCUGUCCUGGCUGUCUGAUUGGCUCAGAGCCAGGCGCGGCUUGGCUCCCUUCACCCAGUGCAUGGCCCCCGCCCACAUGAGAGGCCUCAACGUGCCCGAUGUCCAGAAGAAGGAUUUUGUCUGCAAUGGUGAGCUGACCGUUAACCCGAGGACCUGUGUUCCUGAGGUGGCCGUGUGCCCGCCCACCUGCAGCUGUAACAACAACAUCGUGGACUGUCGUCGUAAAGGUCUCACUGAAAUACCGGCCAACCUCCCUGAAGGCAUCGUGGAGAUACGUUUGGAGCAGAACUUGAUCAAGAGUGUCCCCGCUGGAGCCUUUUCUACGUACAAGAAGCUCAAGAGAAUUGAUCUGAGUAAGAACCAGAUUUCUGACAUUGCAGCUGAUUCUUUCAGCGGCCUUCGCUCACUCACCUCACUAGUGUUGUAUGGCAACAAGAUCACAGAGCUGCCCAAGGGAUUGUUUGAUGGACUGGUUUCCCUGCAGCUACUGCUGCUGAAUGCCAACAAGAUUAACUGUUUGAGAGUCAACACCUUUCAGGAUCUGCAGAACCUCAACCUGCUGUCGCUCUACGACAACAAACUGCAGUCAAUCAGCAAAGGACUGUUCACACCUCUGCGCUCCAUCAAGACUCUUCAUCUGGCACAGAAUCCCUUCAUGUGCGACUGUCAUCUGAAGUGGCUGGCGGACUACCUGUUCGACAACCCCAUCGAGACCAGUGGAGCCCGCUGCAGCCAUCCCAGAAGGCUGGCUAACAAACGCAUCAGCCAGGUGAAAGGAAAGAAGUUCAGGUGCACAGGUCAGGAGGACUACCGCAGCCGCCUGAGCGGGGAGUGUUUCCAGGACCUCGUGUGUCCGGAGAAAUGCCGCUGUGAAGGCACCGUGGUCGACUGCUCCAACCUGAAGCUGACCCGUAUACCUCCCCACAUCCCUGAACACACCACAGACCUGAGGCUAAACGACAACGAGAUCGCCCUCCUGGAGGUCACGGGGAUGUUUAAGAAGCUGCCCAACUUGAAGAAAAUCAACCUGAGCAACAACAAACUGAGGGACAUCCGUGACGGGGCGUUUGACGGAGCGGGGGGAGUCCUGGAGCUGCUGCUGACGGGGAACAAGCUAAUGGGACUGCAGGGACGAAUGUUCAGAGGCCUGACUGGUCUUAAAACUCUGAUGCUGCGGAGCAACCAGAUCAGCUGCAUUGACAACAGCACGUUUACCGGUCUGAGCUCGGUGCGUCUGUUGUCUCUGUACGACAACCGGAUCACCAGCAUCGCCCCGGGAGCUUUCUCCACCCUGCACUCCCUGUCAACCAUUAACCUCCUGUCCAACCCGUACAUGUGCGACUGUCACUUGGCCUGGCUGGGUCAGUGGCUGAAGAAGACCCGGGUGGUCAGUGGGAACCCUCGCUGUCAGAAGCCGGCCUUCCUGAAGGAGAUCCCCAUCCAGGAUGUGGCGACUCCAGACUUCACAUGUGACGGUGCGGAGGAUAACGGUUGUCUCCCUGCGUCUGGUUGUCCUGACGUCUGCACAUGCUCAGACAGCGUGGUGCGUUGCAGCAACAGAGGGCUGCACUCUCUGCCCAAGGGCAUUCCCAAGGACACGACGGAGCUGUACCUGGAGGGUAAUAUGCUGACAUCUGUGCCCAAGGAGCUGGCAGCCCUGAAGCAGCUGUCACUGGUGGACCUCAGCAACAACAGCAUCAGCUUAUUGGACCCGUACACCUUCAGCAACAUGACUCAACUGGCCACACUCAUCCUGAGCUACAACCAGAUCCGCUGCAUCCCGGUCCACGCCUUCGACGGGCUCAAGUCACUCCGCCUGCUCACUCUCCACGGUAAUGACCUUUCAACCAUCCCUGAAGGAGCUUUUAACCACCUCACCGCUCUGUCCCACCUAGCUCUUGGUGCCAACCCUCUUUACUGUAACUGCGACCUGCGCUGGCUCUCUCAGUGGGUGAAGGCCGGCUUUAAAGAGCCUGGCAUUGCUCGGUGUACCGGACCUCCCGACAUGGCAGACCGGCUGCUGCUCACCACACCACUCAACAGAUUUCAGUGUAAAGGUCCUGCAGAUAUCAGCCUGAUGUCAAAGUGCGCCCCCUGCCUGGCGGCCCCGUGCCAAAACAACGGUACCUGUGUCCCUGACGCUGCUGGAUCCUACCACUGCACGUGUCCUUAUGGAUUCAAGGGUCCAAACUGUGAAGUCCCCAUCAACGCCUGCAUCAGUUUCCCCUGCUCCAACGGAGGAACCUGCCACAUCCAGCCCGGACUAGAAGACCACUUCAGCUGUGUGUGUCCACCAGGAUACGAGGGCCAGCGUUGUGAGAUGAACCCAGACGACUGUGAAGACAAUGACUGCGAGAACAACUCCACCUGCAUCGACGGAGUCAACAACUUCACCUGCGUCUGUCCACCCAACUACACAGGUGACCUGUGUGAGGAGGUGGUUGACCCUUGUCUCCAUGGUUUCGACCCCUGUCAGCACGAUUCAAAGUGUGUCCGCGUCGGCCGCAGCUACAGGUGCGAGUGCUUACCCGGCUAUGUGGGCCAACACUGCGAGCAGGACUUCAACGACUGCCUGGAGAAUAAGUGUCAACAUGGAGCCGAGUGUGUGGACGCCGUCAACGGAUACACCUGCGUGUGCAAAGAGGGUUUCAGUGGCCUGUUCUGUGAGAACCCUCCGCCAAUGAUCCUGCUGCAGACCAGCCCCUGUGACCAAUUCGAUUGCCAGAACGGCGCCCAGUGCCUGGUUGUUGCCGGGGAGCCUGUCUGCCGCUGCAUGCCCAGUUUCUACGGCAACAAGUGCGAGAAGAUGGCCACCGUUCACUUCCUGGGUCGGGAUGCGUACGUGGAGCUGCCAGGCGCCAAGCUUCGUCCAACUGCGCAUAUUUCAUUACAGGUUGCUACAGAUAAAGACAACGGCAUUCUGUUGUACAAAGAGGACCACGACCCGCUGGCUCUGGAGCUCUACCAGGGACACAUCCGGCUCAUCUACGACAUCGCCACCUACCCACCCACCACCGUUUACAGCGUGGAGUCUGUGAACGACGGCCUCUUCCACACGGUCGAGCUGCUGAUCCAGAACCGUUCGCUGAGCCUGGUGGUGGACAACGGCGCCCCCAAGAGCCUGGGCAAGCUAGCACGCCAGCCCUCUGUUGACCACAACACCCAGCUUUACAUAGGAGGGGUGCCAGCUCAGGUGGUGGCCUCAGGUCUGCGGCCCGGACCCGAACGCUCCCCUCAGGCUUUUAACGGCUGCAUCCACAACGUCCGGAUCAACGGGGAGCCUCAAGACCUGAGUUACCGGACCGCGGGAGGAGCACGGCCACAGGGGGUCGAGAGCAAGGCUGAUGGGAUUCUUGCAGGGUGUCAUUCGUGCAGCGUGUGUGCUCAGGGGGCCUGCAGGGAGGGAGGAGACACGGGGGUAACAUGCGAUUGUCCGCCGGGACGCAGUGGAGCCCUGUGUGACCAGACGACCGCACCGAGCCCGUGUCAGAACAGCAGAUGUGUGAGCGGUCUGUGUGUGCCUAAGGGUCAGUCCUACAGCUGCAAAUGCAACGAAGGCUACCAGGGUCAGUACUGUGACAGACGGCAGGAGCCUCCAGCCUGCAGGGGGCAGCGCUGUGGCCACGGAGAGUGUCGAGUGUCCGAGGGAGGAGAGCCCGCCUGCCACUGUCAACUGGGGUACACGGGGCUCAACUGUGAGACAGAGCUGACAUGUCAAGGCGAGAUGGUGAGGGAGCAGCUGAAGCGCCACCAAGCGUUGAGAACGUGCACGUCCACCAGCAAGAUUCCCCGCAUGGAUUGCCCCCGGUCGUGCCAGGCGGCGGCGCCUCCCGGCGUCUGCUGCGGCGUCACCAAGAGCCGGAGGAGGAAGGUGGUGUUCCGCUGCACCGACGGCUCCUCGUACUCGGAGGAGAUGGACACCGCUCUGGAUUGCGGCUGCACCAAGUGCCCCUUGUAACAGCGCCCGCAGUUUGUUCGUUUGUUUUUUAGCAACACCCACCGCUGCCGUUUUGUGAAUUCCACACGUCGGAGGCCGCACGGCGCUCUGACAUUUUCCACGUCGAUGAUCACAGCCAUAAUGUGAUUCUUUUUUCUUCUAACACCUUUUACCGAUUCGCUGCCGAGAGAGAAAACCACGAACGCAAACAAAGACGGGACAUGUGUGCGUGUUUUUUUUGACAGAGAGAAAAUAUAUUGUAAGAUAUAAGUGAAAAAAAAACAUAGAACUUAUUUUUAUUAUGGAUUUUUUUUUUCUCUAAAAGAUGACGAAAGGACUGAUGAGUUGUUGUUUUUAAUGUUGAUUAUAUAUUGUGUUACAUAGUAUGAACAAAGUUAUUUUGUACCUUUUGAAGACAAAUAGAUUAACAUUCCUUCAAAGUAUAGGAGUUUAUAUGUCUGUAUAAAUCUAUAUAAAUAUUUACCCUAACCCAGUGGACGUUAUAUUUGCAUGAUGAGUGAGAGCGGCUUUGGACACUGAGGAGCGCAGAGAGAAGAAGAAGAAGAAGAGCCGCCUUGAGUCAGCAACAACACGGAGAAGAUGAGUGCCUCGUUUCUCAGUGCGCCCCCUCUUGGAGAAAACUGUACGUGCCUAGCUAACCUGCUGCCUCACCCUCACAUGUGAGACAGAAGGGACUGUUUCCAUGGAGAUGAUCUAACACUUUGUUCUAAUAAUGUGUGAUUCUGUCGCUCGCCGUUGUUCAUCAGACUAACAGAGAGACGGGAGAGGUCACUGAUGGAAAUCGUCAUUUAAACAUAAAAUAAGGAGGUCGUAUUCAAAUCAACAGUUCAGCUUCAGACUCUGUACAAACUGGUUAAAAAAACUGAAAAUAAUGAAAUCCCCAAUUCAGUCGCUGGAGUUUAAAACAGGAGACGUGGCGUUUUAAAGUCGGCCAGGCUGAAGAGCGCUUCAUUGCUGGGUGUGUGCUCUCUUUGCAGAGGCGGGACAAAGUCAUUGUUUUGCAAGUCACAAGUAACCGCCAAUCUCCACAUAGUCUGUGCACGCCGCUCUAGUCAAUGCUCCUGUCUCCACAGCGAGCGCCGCAGUCCAUCUCCGGAGUGUGCCAGCAGCGCCACUACACUCUGCGAACAGAUAGUUCCGCUAUCAGGCUAGCUUGUUAGGUAGCUAACACGGCUCGUUCUGCUAACCUUGUUAUGCUGCAGUGGAUGUGAUUUAUAUAUUCAACAACACAAACUACAAGAUAGUACAACACUUUAAACACGAUAACAACAACUAAAGGUACAUUUAAGAAGAAGAGGUUUCAUUUGCAAUGCAUUGUGGGACGUGUAGUUCAAUCAUGUUCACAGGCUUUUCACCAUUGCUUUUUUUUCUCCGUUUUUUAACGCUGUUUUUACACAGAAUCAAAUGUUUUAUAGUCAUGAGUAUUGAGGUAGCUGGUUGUCAUGGUUACAGGCUUCAAUCUGUUGAUAUAAGGAUUUUUAUGAAAUGUCAACGGAGGAUUCGAUACGGGAAAAUUUACUUCUGGAGUCCGAGCCGCCGAAAAAGUGGGCGGUCACUGUUGAGCUCUAAUGCCUAGUCCAGUCCAGUUAGACCUCUGCUCUCUUGCAACCACACCAAACAGUGAUGACACCACGGGAUACUAACACGCCCCUGGGGUACAAUUCAUCCAUGUAGCAGGAUUUGAUUUCUUCAUUUUGAAUAAAAGAUAGUUUUCUGAGUGGACAGGAAAGCCGUUAAGCCGAUACACACGGCAAACUGUUGACAGACUUCAUCUCCUUAAACCGGUUUAAGUGCCUUAAUGUACGCCUCGAUUCUCUGAAGAUCAAAAAAUUUGCUGCAAAUCGUUUACUGCUGCUUCUAAACGGUCAAUUACAUGUUUUUGGUGGACGUCCAUCUCAAUAUACAUCCUCCCUCCAUCUUAGCAGGUUGAGUGUUCCGGUAUGAAUUUUAAAGAACCUCCAGAUAAAAUUCAAAUAGUUCAAUUUGGGUCAGAGAAAUAUCUCAACACUUUUUGUAGAAAUUACAGGAAGAAGACGGCGUAUCAUUUGCUACAGAAGUGUGCAUUAAUGUGAAAUUGCACCAUUUUGAAACGAGGACCGAUUUCUGUUUUUAAGAGUGUUCAUGUGUGAUGCCUUCAGGGCGUGACGGGAUCACAGGAUUUAUAAUGCACGUCCGAAUGUGUUUAAUGUGCCUGUAAUAAAUAUUUCCAUGGA